AUGACCAGCCUCUUCUUGUAUGCCUUCGCCUUGCUGGACAGGUUGGGCCACAGCAGUGUGUGGGGUUUUGGGCCGGUGCACCUGAACUUCGGGCCGCCGGAUCUGGCCGUGGAUGGGUGGGAGGCGGCUUUCGGAACCCUUUCCAACACACCUUUCCUGCAAUUAACCUCAUUGCAGCCGAUCGUGUUUGGCUUCUGGGGCGGGGACUAUGCCAGCGCGACCCACACCAGCCGCGAUUCCACAGCAGAAGGAACCUUCAGCGCACUUCCCCUGGAUGCGUACUUGUGCCUCAUGUCCGUACCGGUCGCAAGUUACGCGGUGGAGGUCACUGUAGGUGACCCGUCGGGGGAGACAGCCAGUUGCCUGAAGCUGGAGGACGGCACUGUCGUCUACGAGGCAUCGACAGCCACGGGGGAUUUCGGCAUCGGAACAGCCGUGGUGCACAAGCAGGCCGUGGACACUUGCAUGACCUUGCGGGCAUGUGCUGCCUCCGCAGCGGUCAACACCUGGAAGAUUGAACAGAUCCUGUGCCACAGCAGCUGUGCCUUCUGCGUGGGGACGCUGGAGGGCAACUGCGCCGUGAGUUGCAACCAGGGCCGCCUGCUGCAGAGCCGUGCGACCGGUACCUUCUGUGAUGCGAGACCUCCGCUCGCGCCCAGUGGCCUCGCUGCUGGAGAGGUGACAAAUUGCAGCUUGACGCUCACUUGGCUGGCCAACCUCUCUGGUGGAGAGCCCCUUAUCGGCUACCGGGUAUUGGCCACCACAGGAGGAGCAGCUUAUGAAGAGUUGGCCUCAACGUCCAGCACAGCAAGCUUCAUUGACCUUGCCGGUCUUGCUGGCGACAUGGUCUACGAGUUGAAGGUUCAGGCUUUGAGUGCCGCAGGAGAUGGCGAUCUGAGUGAAGCUCUGGUGGUGCGCACGGGACCCAUCCGGCCAAAUGCGCCUCCUAGCCCAGAGGUGGUGGGCAUUGGCCAGUACGAGGUCUCCAUGAACCUGACUGUGCCAGACUAUGAUGGUGGAGACCUUGUGGUGGCUUACAUCGUCCGUGCCUACGUUCAACCUGCAGGUAGCCUUGCGAAGGUGAUGCAGAGCAGCCACACUCAGGUGGCCGUGGAUGGACUCCUUGGCUGGACAUCUUACGCCUUCACGGUUUCCGCAGUCAAUUCUGUUGGCGCCAGCAAGGAGAGCAAUCUGAGUGCAGCCGUGCGUACGCUUCAGGUGCCUCCAGGAGAGCCCUGGCAGCUCAACGUUACACUGGUCGAGCAGUAUGCAGUCGAGCUCGAGUGGACUGCGCCCCUCUUCGAUGGCGGUGAAUCUAUUGCAGGCUACCAAGUGUCUUGUGCGGAGGUGGUUUCAGGUGCCUAUGAAGUGCUAGUUGACACGCGCGUCAACCACACCACGGUGCGAAUUGAGGGGCUCAGGGGCUGGACUCUCUACGAGUGCCGCGUUGCAGCGCGGAAUUCCGUUGGCCUUGGCCAGGCAAGUGCCGAAAAGGAGGUGCAGACGCUGCCGGUUCCGCCUUAUGCCCCACCGGCACCGACCGUCGAGGAGGUGCUGCUGACCUCCGCUGGCAUUGCAUGGGAGCCUCCAGAGGGCGAAACAGGGGCUGAACUUAUCGGCUACAAGGUGUACGUUCGCCGCGAUGAUGAAGACACGUUUGAAAUCGUGUCCAACGACACUGGUUCAACAAACACUACAUGGCUAGCCUUCGGCUUGGACAUGUACCAGGGCUACUACUUCGCCGUUGCGGGUUUCAACCGCAUCGGAGAGGGAAAGCUGAGCAAUUCCAGCGAGGAGGCAUUCACAGCAGCACCCGGCCUGCCGCAUCCGCCAGAGGCGCCACGCUUGAAUGCUACGCACUCGACGAUCGAGGCGACAUGGGCGCGGCCGAACGAUGGCGGCAGUCCGCUCCUAGGUUACGCGAUCGAGCUCGCCGCUCCAGGUGCGCCGUUCACGGAAGUGUUGAACGUAACCGACAGGAUGGCCUUACUUACCGGGCUGCUCGGGAACACCAGUUACGAGGUUCGGGUGCGGGCGAUCGGGACCGGAGGUAUCUCCUAUCCGGGUGAAGGAGCUACGGUCGUGACCGAGCCGCCAGUCGUCCCAGACGAACCGCAAGAGCUUAUAGUGAACGUGGACGUUCCGUACAUGGCUGACCUGAGCUGGAUAGCCCCGGAAGAUGAUGGGGGCCGAGCCAUCGAGGCUUAUGAGGUCUUCCUGGGCGGCGGGUCAGAAACUCUGCAACUUCGUUCUGUUCAGGAACCGUCGGCGUAUCGAGCAACCGGUCUGCUGGGCUCCGCGAGCUACGAGUUCCGUGUGCAAGCUAAGAACGAGAUUGGGAGGUCGCUGGCUGCCACAACUUUCUUUACCACACCGCAGCCCAUUGCUCCUGCUGAGCCAGGUGCCAUCUCCGUUCUUUCUCUUGGGCAAGACAGCGCCAGCAUUGCAUGGGAAGCGCCGGCCAACGAUGGUGGGAGCCGGCUGAUUGCCUACGAGGUGUGGUCAUCAGCCGACUCUGCGGACUGGCAGCUCGAGGUUGUCCUUGCGCCAACAGGCUUGGGUGCCAACUUGACAGAUCUUGUCGGUGACACACUCUACAGGUUUCGAGUGCAAGCCGCGAAUGAAGUCGGAUCAGGGCCCGCUGCCACAUCUGAGUUCGUCUCGACGCUGCCCGUGCCGCCUUUCCCACCGAAGAAUGUGACGUGCGAGAACAUUGCACAGCAUCAGCAGCUUGUAUCCUGGUUGGCUCCUGUGAAGGAAGGCGGCUUUCCGGUCACCGGCUACAGGAUCUGGCAGCGGGUUGGCACGGCCGAAGAGCUCGAAGUGGCUGUAAACGACACGGGCAGCAAUGACACGGAGUUCCCGGUCACGGAGCUGUCAGGGAACACUGCUUACAGCUACGUGGUCGCAGGCAUCAGCUGGCUAGGCGUGGGCUCCUGGAGUUUGGAAAGCGACUCUGUCCUCACUCUUCCAGUGGCGCCCUCGACCCCCGAGCUCGUCGCAGGGACUGUGUUUGCUUCACGCCUGCUUGUGAGGUGGUCGGCCCCCGAGGAUGGAGGUAGCGAAAUCACCUUCUACACUGCCGAGGUGUCCGAGGAUGGGAUGUCGUUCUCCCUUGCUGCAAAUGUCACGACCACGGACGCAGAGAUCAAGCAUCUUCUUGCAAACACCACGUAUUACGUUCGCAUUGUCGCUUGGAACGACCUCGGGAGGUCUCUACCCAGCAGUGCUGCUUAUUCUACCAGCCAGCCAGUUCCGCCCAGCCCACCGCAAGACGUUGCAGUUGGACAGGCAUUCGCUUGGCGGGUCGAACUGUCGUGGAGGGGACCGGAGGACUCCGGUGGACGGCCCGUGGAAAGCUAUCAGGUCACCGCGUCGUCCCCGCUGGGCUUUGCUUUCACAGCUGAGACAGCGGAUUUGUCGCUUUGGAUCUCACCGUUGCUUGGAGACACCGACUACAAUGUGUCCGUGCUUGCCUGCAACGAAGUUGGAUGUUCCCAAGGCGCCCAUGUGACGGGCGGCCAUGGCUUGAAAGGGUUCAGGUUUUAG